UGGCUGCACUCGGAUAAUGCGCACUUUCGUGCUAUAAUAGUUGCAUCAUUUUUACACUGUGUGCAGAAUUUACCGUAAAAGUGAAAAGAUGCAAUUUAAGGCUCGUAAAUGUUUUCUUUUUCUUUGCAAAAUAUAUCUUUGACUAUGUGAAUCUGUUCUGAUACGAUCGGCAAACAUUUGUAUAUAACAAAAUUAAGUGUGUAUAUAUUUACAAAUGUUUCAAUGAAUGAUUUACGUGAAAUUUAAUUAUUAAAUUUUCUCUUCCAGAAACAUGACGUACGUGGGACAUUUAUAAUAAUAUUAUCGUAACUCGGAAUUACGAUAUAGAACAGGCCGAAGAACUGAUUAUAAAUCAUUGAACGUAAUUAAUCAUACUUAAUUAUGAUUUUUGAAGAGAUUAAUAAAUGCAUUAUACAUCUUUGAAGAAGAAAGAGACAUUAUUACAUAUAUUUGAAUUCCGAUUGGUAGUAGUACUAAUCAUAGGUAGUUUUCUGUGUCAGAUAGACACCGAUCAACAGUCACCUUUAAGCUUUAAGCGAUGCAACCUGAGUAUAUAAAUAAGCGCUCGAAUAAAACGCACGUAGAAUCAAAAGUAACAUCGACCUGAUCGUUUAAUUAAUUUGCAUUCUGAUCGGUAGUCGUUGAUAGUGCAUUAGUUUCAACUGAAGAUUAUGUAAAUCGUAUUGCAGUCAUUACAAUAUUUAUAACAAAUUCGCUACUAUACAUUAUCAGUAUACGUAACUGUUUGCUUAAGCUUUGAACAGAGUGACGUUACGAAAGAAUUUCUUGAUAAAUCAGUACAAACAACGAUCUAAUUCUACUCUAUACUUCUUGAUAUAAGCCUGAUAAAGAUCUCUUCCAAUAAAUUUUAUAUAUAAACCUUAUUUCUUUCUCUAUCGCCAAAAUGAGAUUGACCAUUAUAUUGCGAACGAUGGAACUCGUUAAAACAACACGCCGACUUCAACGGCGAUUAAAUGUUCGAAAUGCGAGCGAUCAACAUCUUGCCGGCAUUGAAGAAAAAAAGAAGCCAUUAAAUACCGACAAAAUGUUUAAAAUUGGUUUUUUCGGCGGAGGAAAAAUGGCUCAAGCAUUGGCCAAGGGUUUUAUUAGAGCUGGUUUGAGUAAAGGUGAUCUAAUAGUCGCUAGUUGUCUUCCAAAUGAUGUGGGCAGUAUUGAAAAUUUCAAGGAGAUAGGAUCAAAAACAGUAUUCAAUAAUUCAGCUGUAAUCGAUCACGGCGAUAUUUUAAUUUUAGCAGUAAAACCACAAGUAGUACCAAUAAUAUUACCAGAAUUAAAGAAUUGUUCAAAGUUAUUACUUUCUAUAGCUAUGGGGAUUUCAAUUUCGAGUUUAGAAAAGGCUUUGCCAAAAGGAACUCCGGUGAUACGAGUGAUGCCUAAUACACCUGCUCUCGUUGGUUGCGGUGCUACAGUAUUUAGUCGUGGUACAAGUGCAGGAAAUAAAGAGGCAGAAAUUGUUAAGAAAUUAUUUUCCGCCGUCGGUUUUUGUGAGGAAGUGUCCGAGAAUUUGAUAGAUCCAGUCACUGCUCUAGCUGGAUCUGGUCCAGCAUAUGUAUUCAUGAUGAUUGAGGCUCUGGCAGAUGGUGCUGUGAAAAUGGGGUUAAUGAGAGAUUUAGCAUAUAAACUAGCGGCUCAAACUGUUCUUGGUGCUGGAACUAUGGUUCGUGAAACAAACAUUCAUCCGGGUCAACUCAAAGAUGACGUAGCCUCACCUGCAGGAUCCACAAUAACUGCAAUUCAUCAGUUAGAGAAACAUGGAUUGAGGGCUGCGGUUAUUGCAGCCAUAGAAGCCGCUACGCUUCGAUGUAAAGAAAUUAACUUAAUUUUAGAAAAGGCAAAGUAGUGAUUCAGUUAAAUUACUAAGUAAUAUUAGAAAAUUGAGAACCAAGAAAUAUAUACAACUGAGAUAUAUAGAUGAAUAUUGUAAUUCUUUCUAAGGAUUUAUCAAAGUUUUUACAUUCGUAGUGAUGAAGUCCUUUUCCUCUGUGAACUCUUACAAUUGAACAUUUUUACAAUUGACAUUUUUAAACACUUUUAACAAUUAAACGACUUUAAUUAUUUCUGUUAAAAAUUGAUUGGUGACUUCUCUUCUACUUUUCCUUUGUAUGUACUUUGUUUAUUUAUACAUAUAGAUUAUAUUAGCGUAGAACGAUUUUUUCCUGUAAAUAAUUGUACGUAGACAUACUAAAUAGCACAUUUAUGAAAA